UUAUAUAUAUAUAUAUAUAAUUUGAUCUCAAAAUACAAACAAAACAAUCAUCUAAAAUCACAAACUUCACCUUAGAAACAUGCUGAUCAAAAUAAUCCCAGAGAAGGACAAUUAAGUAAACCUGAAACAAAUGCUGAUGCUGAAGUUCAUUUCAACAUUAAAAGAAUAAUAGGAACGAAAAGUCACAAGUUUGAUGGGAAAUUUUCAUUCGCCUCAUAUUAAGUAUUUUAAUUACAUCUGUUAAUCUGGGGAUGUGCCUUGCAGUUGGGAAAUCAUGAAGCAAAUUUAACAAAAUUACUCUCAGAAGAGAAUUACUAGUCAUCAAAACCUCUGAAAGAUUAAAACUGUAAAUCUGAAAAAAAAAUUGUUUUUUGCUUUGCUCCACCUUAUUUUCUUUUUUUUGAUAGAGUAGAUGCCCCAGAGGCUCUGACCCAGCUUCAGAAGAAGAGCCAGUAUAGCGUGGGUUCCAGGGGGAAAAAAAUUAUCAAUGGGUGGAUUAGCAAGGCUGUAACAGGGAUUAAGAAGUGACACAGGCAAGGAACACCCUAAAAGUGUGUAUAUAAGGGCCCAAAAGGCAGCCUGCAAACAGGCACUUCACCGUCCCCUCUCCUCCUCACCUGGACAAGCUAAACCUCUGCGGGGACAUCAUGUCUUGCUCAACUCGCGUGUCCUCCUCCAGGGCCAGAGGCAGCAGCUCCGUCAGGGUGUCUGCCGGUGGCAGCAGCUUCAGCAGCGGGAGCCGAUGCGGUCUGGGGGCAGGCUCUGCCCCGGGCUUCCGAGGAGGAGCCGGCAGCUGUGGCCUCAGUGGGGGCUCCAGCUCGGGCUUCGGAGGCAGCUUUAGAGGGGGUUUUGGUAGCUGCUCCGUGGCAGGCGGUUUUGGAGGAGCUUCAGGCUCUGUGGCUGGCUAUGGUGGAGGUUCUGGCUUUGGCGGGGGCUCUGGCUUUGGCGGGGGCUCUGGCUUUGGCGGGGGCUCUGGCUUUGGUGGGGGUUCUGGAUUCGGUGGGGGUGCCAGUGGAGGCUUCUAUAGCUACGGUGGUGGUUUGGGUGGUGGUGUUGGCGAUGGGGGGCUCUUCUCUGGAGGUGAAAAGCAAACCAUGCAGAACCUCAAUGACCGCCUGGCCAAUUACCUAGACAAGGUCAGGGCCUUGGAGGAGGCCAACGCUGACCUGGAGCAUAAAAUCAAGGAGUGGUAUGACAAAUUUGGACCUGGGUCUAGAGAUGUUGGAUCAGGAAGAGAUUACAGCAAAUACUAUCCAAUCAUUGACGAUCUCAGGAAACAGAUCACUGCUGCCACUAUUGAAAAUGCUGGGAUUGUCCUGCAAAUUGACAAUGCCAGACUGGCUGCUGACGACUUCAGACUGAAGUACGAGAAUGAGCUGUAUCUCCGGCAGAGCGUGGAAGCCGACAUCAACGGCCUGCGGAAAGUCCUGGACGACUUGACCAUGACUCGCUCGGACCUCGAGAUGCAGAUGGAGAACCUGGUGGAGGAGCUGACCUACCUGAAGAAGAACCACGAGGAGGAAAUGAAGAGUAUGCAAGGAAGCUCCGGAGGCGACGUGACAGUGGAAAUGAACGCUGCCCCAGGAACAGAUCUGACUAAGUUACUGAAUGACAUGAGGGCACAGUACGAGGAGCUGGCUGAGCAGAACCGCCGCGAGGCUGAGGAGCAGUUCAAGAAGCAGAGUGCCUCCCUGCAAGCACAGAUCUCUACUGACGCUGGGGCAGCCAGUUCCGCCAAGAAUGAGAUAACAGAACUGAAACGCACCCUACAGGCCCUGGAAAUUGAGCUGCAGUCCCAACUGGUCAUGAAAAGCUCCUUGGAGGGGACCUUGGCUGACACAGAAGCUGGCUAUAUGGCGCAGCUGUCACAAAUCCAGAUUCAGAUCAGCAGCCUGGAGGAGCAGAUCUGCCAGAUCCGGGGCGAGACCGAAUGCCAGAACGCUGAAUAUGAGCAACUGCUGGACAUCAAGACCCGCCUGGAGAUGGAGAUUGAGACCUACCGCCGCCUGCUCGAUGGAGAAGGAGGUGGUUCUGGUUUUGGAGGAUGUGAUUUUAGAAACUCAGGAUCCAGAAACACAGGGUCCAGAAACAUAGGCUCCAGGGAUUCAUCCGUGUCUGGUGACUCAAGAUCUGGAAGCUGUUCUGUCCAAGGAAGAGAUCCAAGCAAGUCAAGAGUGACUAAGACCAUCGUGGAGGAGGUGGUGGAUGGCAAAGUCGUCUCAUCUCAAGUCAGCAAUAUUUCUGAGGUGAAACUUAAAUAAGCAAGUUUCCAGAUCAACAAGAGUGUCUUUCAGAAGAAAAAAAAAAAUCUAAAGGACACAGAUGAAGAAAUUGCAUCAAUCUGCCACCUUUCUGGACAACUUCAGGAGAAAGUUUCAUCCAGAAAUAGAUGACCAACUAAUUUUUCUGCAUCCUCUCCUUUUCUUACUAGAAUGCUCUUGAAAAAGUUGACAGCUUUGCUCUGUUUCUAUGCUUCAAUAAACUUACUUUUGCAAGUUAACUAAAUUACUCCUGAUUUUUCAAAGAAAUUCAACAUUUUACCCAGAAAUGAAGCUGUCAGUUCCGAUCUAGCUACAUUGUUACUAAUAAGAAUGUAUACAUUAUACAUUAUUUAUAUAGUAUCAUCUUCAUAAUAAUCAAGGUUAUAACCAUUUUGUGGGUGGGAAAUUUUAAUAACAUCGCCUUAGAACUCAGGUAUAGCUGAAACUGGAUCUCACCAUUCCUAAAAAAACCACCAACCGCUUAGCCCACCAAGAAGGAUGAGAUUAUUUGAAUAAUCAAUCUAUAAUGAUUAUUCCAUCUAUAAUUAUUAUUCUAGUUUCUUUAUGUCCAUCACUGAACACUGAACGGAGUAUUUCAUGAGAUUUAAAAAAAAAACAAAACUUACAUUUUAGAUGGAGAGGAAAGCUAAAAACACAAAGACAGUAAAGAGUGGAGGGUGUUCACAGAGAAGGGCUUAAUUCCACAAUAUCUACCAGAAGCGCCACAGGAAUCUGACAAGUGUGUGUCUGCAGAAUAUUUAGGAGACUGGUCAAAAUAAAAGUCUCGGGAGGCAAGAUGGGAUAGAUGAUACGGUGCCAGAUUUCUGAAAACCCUGAACAUUCCAAAGAGAGGCGAUGCUUGGAUAUUUACUCCCUUGUCAAGUCCAGCCGCACCUCUAACCAAAAACUGUCAUCUAGCCAAGCUGGUGUUUUCUUUUCCCAGCCUCAAUUACUGAAGGCUUUUACCCCAUGUGUGGUCCACAGAACACUGUCUUAUCUUGCUUGGGAAAUGAAGUCUCUUAACCUAAGGCAGGAGGUGGGGCAGGUCAGGCCCAGGAAGAAACAGGCAUGGGAGAAAGCCACACUGGGUAAGAAUUCUCCCACUCAAAGAGUUUGGUAUGACCAGGCCACAAAUUAGAUCACCCAUCCCACAAGCCAGACCUCAAGAAAAGAACAUGGGACUUGGUGUGAAAACCCAAAUUAGAAAAACUGGGAGUUCCCAUUGUGGCUCAGCAGGUUAAAAACCCAACCAGUGUCAGUGAGGAUGAGGGUUUGAGCCCUGGCCUCGUUCAGUGGAUUA